CGUUCCCACGCCCCCUGCGCUGGGUUCCGGGAUGGAGCCGGGACCGGGAUCGGGAUCGGGACAGGGACAGGGACAGGGACCGGGACCGUGGGCCGGCACCGCCUGCGUGGUGACCGGCGCUUCCCGCGGCUUCGGCCGCAGCCUGGCUCGGCUCCUGGCCCCGCAGCUCGGGCCCGGCUCGGUGCUGCUGCUGCUGGCGCGUUCCGAGGAUGCGCUGGGCGAGCUGGCGAGCGAGCUGCGCUCCGGGGCCACCGGGAGUGACACCGGGAGUGACACCGGGAAUGGCACCGGGAAUGGCACCGGGGGUGGCCCCGGGCUGCGGGUGCAGUGCGUGCCCGCUGACCUGGGCUCCGAGGAGGGGAUGCGGAGGGCGAGCGCUGCCCUGCGGGAGCUGCUGCAGGACUCGUCCUUCGGCCGCCUCCUCCUGAUCAACAACGCCGGCUCCUUGGGCGACAUCUCCAAAUCCUUCCAGGACCUCAGCGACCUGCAGGAGAUCAACACCUACUUCUCCUUCAACAUCAGCUCUGCUCUGUGCCUCACCUCCACGGCCCUGAGGGCCUUUGGGGCACGGCCUGGCUGCAGCAGGACUGUGGUGAACAUCUCCUCCCUGUGUGCCAGGGAGCCCUUCCCCAGCUGGGCUCUGUACUGUGCUGCCAAGGCUGCUCGGGACAUGAUGUUCAGGGUGCUGGCAGUGGAGGAGCCCGGCCUCCGUGUGCUCAGCUAUGCCCCAGGGCCUCUGGACACAGACAUGCAGCUCCUGGCCCGGACCAGGACUGGAGACCUCGGCAUGCGCCAGAAAUUCCAGAGAAUGCAGGAGCAGGGGCAGCUCAUCAACAGCUCUGUGUCAGCCCAGAAGCUGCUGCAGCUCCUGCAGGAGGAUUCCUUUCCCUCUGGAGCUCACGUGGAUUUCUAUGACAUCUGAGCUUUGCUUUGCUUCCAGCUCAGCCUUUCCCUGGAGCCUCCAGCAGCACUUUGUUUAAAUUGGGAAGUUUUGAGACACCUCUGUGUGCCUUCUAAACACCCCUGGUGGCCUUUUGGGGUUGGGCAGCAGCUCCUGGCAGGAGCUGGAAUCCCAAAUCCCUCAGUUCUGGGGGUUUGGGAGCAGGGGAAUGGCCCUGGAAGGUUCCUGGCAGGAGC